CCCUCCUUCUCUGCCCAGCUAGCGGUUGGGCGUUCCGUCUCCGAGACAUUGGCUCGGGCCUCGCGCGCGAUGUGCAGUGUGGUGCCGAACCCGGCGUUGCAGUGAGGCUUGUGCGGCCGCGUGUGUGAUCUAAUCCUGUGAGUGUCCGAGGAAAUUAGUUACGAGUGGUGUGGAACCCAGACGCUCUGCGCUGAGGUCACCUUGCCUGGUGUGGACGGUAUGAAUGACCUGUCCAUCGCUGUUUCUCUCCCUCCCAAUCUCCCUCUCGGCGACCUGACCAAGGCGAGGAACUUGUGACAUACACCUGCGCCCGAGGAGUAUUCGCGCCGUUCGUCCCGGGGAUGGAUGUCAGGAUAGAAAGGAAAACACACAACGCGGGAGAGAAAUACAAGAAAAACAUUCUUCUUCCCUCUGGUUCCGAGAUGAGUUACUUAUUCGAGACGUUACGGAAGCCAAAGAAGACGAACUAUCACUUCAUCAAAGACUUGAAGAUCACCCCGGGUCUGAUGCCCCCCGGCUCCCCCGGGACGUACCGCAAGAAGUCGGCGUCCGUGGAGCUGCCCGCCGCGCUGCAGCAGCUGCCGCGGCCGCACCGAGGCAGCGUUUGCGGCGACGCCAAGAUGGCCGAAGACAAGCCCUGGCCCAACACCAAGGACGACUACGAGCUCAGGGAAGUCAUAGGUGUUGGAGCCACAGCUGUUGUACACUCAGCGCUAUGUAUUCCACGCAACGAAAAAUGUGCCAUCAAGCGAAUAAACUUAGAGAAAUGGAAUACGAGCAUGGAUGAGCUGCUGAAAGAAAUCCAGGCCAUGUCCUUGUGUCACCAUGAGAAUGUGGUAACCUACUACACAUCCUUUGUUGUAAAAGAAGAACUAUGGCUUGUCCUCAAAUUAUUAGGUGGAGGAUCACUCCUUGAUAUAAUUAAGCACAGAAUGAAAACCUCUGACUGUAAACAUGGGGUGUUCGAUGAGGUAGUGAUCGCCACAGCAUUACGAGAGGUGCUUAAGGGACUAGAAUAUUUCCAUAAUAAUGGCCAAAUACACAGAGACAUAAAAGCAGGAAACAUCUUGCUAGGUGAAGAUGGUGUCGUCCAGAUUGCAGACUUCGGAGUCAGUGCCUGGCUCUCGACAGGAGGGGAUCUCUCUCGGCAAAAGUCCCGUCACACUUUUGUGGGAACUCCUUGCUGGAUGGCACCUGAGGUUAUGGAGCAGGUAUCUGGAUAUGACUUUAAGGCGGACAUUUGGUCCUUCGGUAUCACAGCAAUAGAGAUGGUGACAGGCACAGCACCAUACCAUAAAUACCCGCCCAUGAAGGUCCUUAUGCUGACGCUGCAGAACGACCCACCCACGCUUGAAACGGGGGCUGAGGAGAAGGACCAGUACAAGGGCUAUGGAAAGACAAUACGAAGGAUGAUCACGGAGUGCUUGCAGAAGGACCCCGCCAAGCGCCCAACAGCCCAGGAGCUCAUCAAACAUCCUUUCUUCAAAAAGGCCAAAGACAAAAAGUUCCUUCAGCAGGUGUUGCUGCAGGGAGGGCCGUCCAUAGAGGAGAGAGUGGCCAAGGAGGAACCCAAUUUAAGACGGAGGCAAAUCCGUGGGCGUCAACCAGGAACAUCAGGCCGCCUCCAUCGCACUCAGAGUGGGGACUGGGUUUGGUCCAGCGACGAGGAAGAAGGGGAGAAGGACGGCGAUGAGCCAGAUAAGGUGUCUGUAAGCAGUGCAGAGAGUGGUGGAGAAAAACAGACUCAGCAGCAGACUUCAGCCCAGCCAGAGCAGAUGCCGGCACAGUCACAGCCAGCAGCUCAGGAGCCUUCUCAGACACAGCCAAGUCCUGCAACAAAUACUCCUCAACCGGAACAGCCCCUGUAGUGUCCCCACAACCUCCCCCUCAACAAGCAUCACAGAUGCAGUAUGCACCCCAAGUUGUCCCACAGUUCCAGCCAGGCAUGGAUGGAACCACUGCUCCUGGUGCCUACAAUGCCUCAUUCCAGCCACAGCAGCCAGUGCCGCCAAUACAGCCGCAGAUGCCACAACAACAAAUACCUCCUUUGUAUCCCAUGGAACAUGUUCCUGCAGCAUCCGUGGGAAUAAUGCCUCAACAGGUACAGAACAUGAUGCCAGUGUCAGGAAUGGGUGCCCAGCCUAUGAUGACCUCCCCUAUGCCUGUACCUGUCUCCAUGCCUGCGGUUGCAGCCAUUCCUCAGGUGGUUAACCAGGGUGUGCCCCAGGUAGUACCACAAGUAGUACCUAUGGCAGGAAUACCCGCAGUUAUGCCUGCCAUGGUUGGGGGAGUGGCUGAUGGUGUGGGUGGCUUCAUAGCUCCCGUCCAGCAGGAAAGCGAACCUAUCAACUUGGUGCUGAGGGUCAGGAACCAAAAGAGAGAACUGAAUGAUAUUCGGUUCGAGUUCACCGUUGGUCGAGACACUUCGGAAGGGGUUGCCUCGGAACUGGUGGCAGCCGGUCUAGUCGACGGCCGGGACUUGGUCGUCAUUGCUGCAAACCUAGACAAAAUUACUCAACAUCCAGAAAUGGGUCAAAACCUCACCUUUAGAUUGAGUUCAGAAUGUGAAGCCAAUGAAGUCCCAGAUGAUAAGGCAUUAAUAGGCUUUGCUCAGUUAACGAUCUCCGACUGAUCCAAGAAAGGGGGCUCCCUUCGAAAGCGGAAGCCACGAACCUCGGCAAGCCUUCGACAGCCGGCCCGGCCUGUGGUGACUCCCAGGAGGCCAAGCGCCAACAGUGAUGAGAUUUGUUAUCAAAAGUGGAUCUUUAGGAUUUUCCGUGCUUUUUUUUCCGUCUGGGGCUAGACUUGGCCAAUGCGCCUAACAUGCAUCGUAUUCCUUGGUUUUAACUUUUACUUUUCUUAACAUGUAUACAGUAUUCUGUGAUUUAUUAGAGGAUGUUUUCCUUUGCAAUUUCCAUCACACACUGGGAUUAGUGUCAUUCUUUGUCUUACAGUGCAAUGCAUUUUAUUCAGAGAUUAUCUUAGCAUGGUAAGCUGCGUGCAGAGCCCACUUCUCUUGAUUAUCAAAACAAUUGUGAAUAAGGUUUGGCUUUGUUGACUCGACAUUGUAUUUAUUAACUGGAAGGAAGCAUUAGCUACUGUACAUUGUCUUUCAGACUCAAUGGAAUCUGCUGAGUUAAUCAAACAUCAUUUUCUGCGUGCUCGCAAGUAUACUCUGUGCAAUGUAAGGAAAGGCUUAGAUGCAAGAAGAGCUGAGAAUAUGUUUACCAUUUUAUUCGAAUUGUCAGAGCAUUAAAAAUAAAUAUUUAAAAAUAUUUAGCAAGUUAUUUACUCUGGAUUUAGUUCACUAUUGAGUAAUACAAAGUCUUUGCUUGUUCCAGAUUCUAGUUUUGAAAUCUAGCUGCUUGAAUUUCUAAAUUGUGUUCCUUCAGAAAGAAAAUUAUUCGCUAGUUGUAAAUUCUUGUUCAGAAAUCUGAUCUUCAGGGAAGAAAAUUUGUUGUUUCCAAUAAAUAUAGCCAAACCAUAUCAGCAUUAAAAUAACAAACCAAAAAAUUUUGAUGAAGUUGUACAAUUUUACCUUUUUUUCCACUAAUGUGACGAAACAUUGUCUUUUCUAAUUUGAUGAAAAAGACACUAAAAUGGAUUUUGAUAUUUGGGGGCCCAUGUACAAGUUGAUUUCAAUUACUUUUGCUUUUUAUAAAUCUUUUGAUUAUGUUUGCUAGACUUUACAAUGGAUGUCCAAUUUCAGGAAUUUAAGUUGAGUUCAGUGUUUCUUUAAACCUCGGAAAAGAGAAAUACAUGUGUCCACCUUAAAGAGUUAGAUUGAUUUAAGUAUUUCUUUAAGUCCCUGGAAGCAAAAGAGUAAACGUAAGUAAUUAAGAGAUUGCUAGUUGCAUUGCUAAACAGUGACACUCAACACUUGUUUGGUGAGAGUGUGUGUCUUCAUUGCUCAUGAAUCAUAUCAUGUCAUUUGUAUGGUAAAUACAAUAUAUUGUUGAUAAGGAAAUAAUGUAAUGCAGUAUUCUGGAUGUUGGAGUGUAAUCAAGAUCUUUUAUUUUUG